AUGCUAUACAAGUCCAAGACGGGCGCGCCCCCAAAAUUCAUCGAUGAAGACCUUUGGAACUCCCGGAUCCCAAGCCUCAAAGAUUUCCAGGAAAGCAAUUCGAGAUCUGUUUUAGUGGCAUUGGAUAUCGAAAAUUCCAGCCGAACUAUAAAUGGACGGAAGAAACCUUGUGCGGAUGUGAACGAAGUUGGAAUAGCCGUCCUAUUACCAAACAACGAACGCUUCCGAUCAUAUGAGUGUGUUCAUCAACUACAUCAUGAGGGCUGGGCCGACACGUAUACUAUCCAGAUCUUGGAGCGACGGAAAAUUUACAGACAGACUCUGGUCGGUCAGAUCAUCAAGAGUGAGCCAAAAGACGUUGCAUCUACCAUCGAGAGCAUACUUUCCAAGUACGAAGGACCACUCGUACUUGUCGGAUUCGAUCUCCAUCAAGAAUUCAAAUGGAUAACUGAAAAGUGUUCGACGAUUCUCUCCUACUUUGCGGCUUGGCUGGAUGUACAAGACUUCGCGUGGCAGCGACACCACGAAUUCGCACCGAUGACUGCUACACACGGAAAACCAGGACUCACGCGCGUAUUGAAAUCAAUGGGCUUGAAUGAUCGUCACUGGACAAAGAAAGGACACUACGCCAUUAACGAUGCAUUAAGUUCUUUGCUGGUAUUGUCUGGUCUCGCGUCAAACCCCACUCUGCUCUCGGUCAUGUGUCCCAAGCCAAAUGCUGAUCGACAAUUCGUCCGCCGCUUUCCCUAUCUGCAGUUUAAAUUGCCUAAGAACCAUGGCUUUUCUAUGGUGCGCAUUGGUAGUAUCAAUGGAGGAAAACUUCCUCCUUGGUCACCUGAUAGAGUCUCUGGCCAUUUUUCGGCGUACGCUGAUCUCAGGGCGGUUGGGCUCAACUGGCGAAAGGCGAAUGGCGAAAUAUUGGGAGCCGCGCGCUUCUGGCAACUCGCAUUCCGCAAUAUCGAGUCUGCGGAAAAGUUCGUUGCUGAUGUCAACGCAUCCACCCUAGAUGGAAUCAAACUUUCAGUAGUUAGAACUGAUCUUCCACAGCCUCCAACCCGAAGAGAGGUCACUUUGAUAGAAUCGAGUUCGUCCGGUGAACUUGAAGUAUCAUAG